UUUUCCCCUCAAAAGUUUCCAAAUAAUCGACGUCCCAGGCAUAGACAGGGUCUGUGAUUCCCGCCAGGGGUGACUCGCCUAAGCACAAAACGAUGCUGAAAUUUGUUAUAUUAUCCCUUUGCGUCGGCUUUGUGGUGGGCAGCUCAGUCCACAGAGGGGGACAUCUGGACAUCACCGAGGCCCUGGAGGAGCAUGUGGCGCAGGGACAAACCACUUUAAACGAGAUGUUCAGGGAAGUGGAAAAACUGAUGGAGGACACGCAACAAAAACUAGAGGAGGCUGUUCACCAGAUGGAGAAUGAGUCUUCAAAAUCGUUGCUACAUGGACGCAACUUUCCUGCCAGUUUUCACAAUGAAACUAUGACCGUGAUCAAGGUUGGAAAUCGGACUGUCCAGCUGAUAGAGAGAAUCGACAAGGAAACCGAUAAUAAGAUUGGAAAGACACAUUUUUCCAGAACUCUCAUUCAGAACACUGAACGGUGGAAUGAAGUAGAUCACGAGUGCAUGAUUGAUGAGGACUGUGGGGACGGCAGCUUCUGCCUGUAUGAGAUCAUCACCUCCAAAUGUGUCCCGUGCCAGACGACUAAUAUGGUCUGUGCUCAUUUUUAUCUCACUACAUUUCCUGUGGUCUGGAGUCCAUCUCAUCCUAAUCUCCUUCCUUUCUGCUGUACCUCUUUCUGUAGUCUCUGUCUCUCCCUCCUCUUUUUAAUAUUUCUUUGUUUUUUUUUCUCUCCAGCCCUGCUCUUCCCCGUGUGCCGCCCCAAGCCACAGGAAGGCCAAGGUUGCCACAGUCACCCCAAUCAGCUGAUGGAUCUGUUACUGUGGGACGAGGAGGGGCCGCGGGAGCACUGCCCCUGUGCUACAGGCCUGCACUGCCAGCCUCUCAAGAAUAAAUCCGUGUGUGUGGAUGAGAGGAACACUUCUGGUGAAGAAAAUGCGGACUGAUCGCUCCCAAUGAAACUGAACAUUGAUCAGUGUUGUAAUUUUGUCUCUAUUUGUAGCAUCAAAGUGCCUUCUUUUCCUCUUAAUUCAAUGAGAGGAAUUAAGCUUUAAUUUAUACCUUUUUGUGUAAUUUGUGUGCCACUACAUCAAAUGGAAUUACAAAGAUGUUUUAAAAAGAAUAGUAUUUUGAUAAGACAAUGACAACGUUCUGAAUAUGUGGACCUAGCUGGGCAUUAUAUUCCUUCCAAAUAAAUAUGAUUUCUUGACA